AGAAAAAUCAAUCAAACGAAUACCUCUUUUUUUCUAAAAACGACAACGAGCUUUGGACCAUUUUCUCCAAUCACGCCAACCCAACCACCACCACCGCCAACAGCACCGUAAACCUAUCAGUCCCUUGUCUUCGAAGCGGUCGAUUGAUCGACGGCGACCCUGGAUAUCCUUUAUAAGGUCAGUUAAAUUUUUUUAAAGGUGAAUUUGUACAAAUAUUUGUAUUCUCUGCCGCACCGAUGAUACUGUGUAAAACUGGAACUGAUGCUGAUUAGGGCUAUACAAUUUCGAUUUUUCAUGAUAUUUCAGCGUUUGGUCUGUUAGUUUACGUUAUCGGGACGUAGUUGCUAAUAGUUUCGGGGGAAUUUUUUUUCUCGGAAGGAUUUUGUAAAUAGAGAAAUGAAAAUGAAAAUUCCAUCACCUGAAUAUUCCUGAAGAUGGAGCACACAGAAAUCAGCUUUUAUGCUUGUGGCUGCAUGGUUUCAGAUGAUAAUUGAUGAAAAAUCUAAAUACCCCUAGAUUUGGAGUAGGAAAGUUUGUUAUACUCCACCAUUUCGAUUUUAAUCUUGUUUCUCUGAGAGAAAGGGAUCCUUUCUGUUACAAGCCUUCCCAUGUGAUUUGUAGGGCAUGGAUAUUCUAAGCACGUGCAAUGGUUAUGCUUAUGCAUGUGGAAGAACCUUUUUUCCAUGCUGAAAAUCAUUGCUGCGUAAAAAUUUCAAGUACGAUUGGAAGAAUCUCAGUGCAAAAGUGGAUGUAAUAUUUCCUGGGAGGUUAUAUGUUCAUAGGAGCUGGUACUGUUUCACUGGUUGCAAUAUUUUUUGGUUCUUGUCCUGUCUGCAAAAAGAGAGCAUGCAGAACGCUGCUAAUCUUACCAAGCAUAGUUCCUUGAGAAUUACACCUCCGCACACUCUUCGUCGUAUGGCCCUAUGUUCCCAAAUAACAACCGGACAGCAGACAUCACCAAUUGUCUUUCCAGAAAAGCGCAGCCGAGGGAAAGCUUCCGCGUGUCCUGAUAUCAGUAUAAAUCACGAUGAAUCCAAGCCAACGAAGGGGGAUGAGCAUAAAAUUGAUAUUGGAGAUGAGCAGUCUGACUUGUUAGGUUAUGAUGUGUUUUCAGGCAAAUUGGUUUUGGAUAAGAGGAAAGUAAGUAAAAAGAUUGAUGUCCAAACUGAAACUGAAUCUGCUGGACAGGAUGCUAUUGAGGUUAAGUUGACGAGCAAGGCCUUGAUUUGGGGUAAUCAACUGAUUCGGCUUGAAGAUGUCAUAUCAGUGUCAUAUUAUUCUGGUCUUAGAUACUUCACUGUUCAUUCCUAUCCUUACAAGAAAGUUUCUGGCCUUUCUUGUUUUGUAAAAACUGGACGAAGCCGAAAGGAUUUCCGCUUUAUAGCUGCUACCUCCGAAGAAGCCCUUCACUGGGUUGGCGCAUUUGCAGAUCAGCAGUGUUAUGUCAAUUGUUUGCCGCAUCCUUUAAAACAGGCCUCAGAAAUGGUUUCUCAUGAAUUUUCUACUGAAUUUUAUAUCAAAUGUAAAAGUCCCCCGAAAAUGCUUGUUAUUUUGAAUCCUCGGUCUGGGCGGGGUCGCUCAAGUAAAGUUUUUCAUGGCGUUGUUGAACCAGUGUUCAAGCUGGCUGGAUUUCAAUUGGAGGUGGUAAAAACAAAUUCUGCUGGUCAUGCUAGAAAACUUGCAGCAAGUGUUGACUUCAGCACUUGCCCUGAUGGUAUCAUAUGUGUCGGGGGUGAUGGCAUAGUGAAUGAGGUUUUGAAUGGAUUACUUAGUCGAGACAAUCAAAAAGAAGCAAUUUCCAUUCCUAUUGGUAUUAUUCCUGCUGGUUCUGAUAAUUCUUUGGUGUGGACUGUCCUUGGAGUAAGGGACCCAUUAUCUGCUGCGAUAGCUAUAGUGAAGGGAGGGCUUACUGCUACGGAUGUUUUUGCUGUUGAGUGGAUUCAAAGUGGCGUUAUCCACUUUGGGACAACUGUAACGUACUUUGGUUUUGUCAGUGAUGUUUUGGAGCUUUCUGAGAGGUACCAGAAGCGUUUUGGUCCACUGCGGUACUUUGUCGCUGGUUUUCUCAAGUUCUUUUGCUUGCCGAAGUACAACUUUGAAGUGGAGUACUUGCCGGCAUCAGUAGAAGUGCAUAAAAGCUUGGCUGACCAGGAUGUAAUUGAUAUGGCUGACUUAUAUACAGACAUCAUGAGGAGAUCAAGCAAGGAGGGUCUUCCUAGAGCUUCUAGCUUGUCAAGCAUUGAUUCAAUAAUGUCCCCAAGUAGGAUGUCUGGAGUGGACAUGGAUACUACUUGCAGCAACACUGAGCCAUCUGAGUAUGUGCGUGCAAUCGAUUCCAAAUCUAAACGUCUCUCGGCUGGAAGAAGUAAUAUGACAGCUGAACCUGAAGUUAUCCAUCCCCAGUUACCUCUAACUUCAACUCCAGUUUGGCCUAGAACAAGGUCCAAGUCAAGGAAUGACAAGGGCUGGACAGGACUGAGUGCUUCAAAUGAUGUGACAAGGUCUUCAUGGGCAAAUACUACAACAAAUGAUAAAGAAGACAUUUCAUCUACAUUGUCUGAUCCUGGUCCAAUCUGGGAUGCUGAGCCAAGAUGGGAUUCUGAACCCGGCUGGGAUCAGGAGAAUCCUAUUGAGUUGACAGGGCAAGCGGAUGAUACAGAGGUUUCUCUAAAGAAGCCAACUGCUCCUGUAGCUGAGGAGAAAUGGAUGGUUAAAAAGGGUCAUUUUCUUGGUAUCCUUGUCUGCAACCAUUCCUGUAAAACUGUUCAAAGUUUAAGUUCACAGGUGGUUGCACCAAAAGCUGAACAUGAUGACAACACAUUGGAUCUCUUGUUAGUUCAUGGAAGGGGACGGUUAAGGUUGAUCAGAUUCUUCUUACAGCUGCAAAUGGGUAGACACCUGUCCCUGCCUUAUGUUGAAUAUAUUAAGGUAAAAUCAGUGAAGGUGAAACCGGGAAAGCACUCACAUAAGGGAUGUGGUAUUGAUGGUGAACUGUUCACUGUAAAUGGGCAGGUCGUAUGUGCUUUGCUUCCAGAUCAGUGCAGGCUUAUUGGCCGCUCACCCUGUAGCAAGUAAUACUAAGGCAUAGCUGCUGCAUCUCACCUCGUAGUGAUUUGUACAUGGGCAAUACAGCAGCAAUGCAUUUGAGUCCUGGCUGAUGAAUACGACAGCUUUGACAGGCCUUGGGAAGACAACAGCUGUCCAUACAGUCAAGGCCUCCCUUUCUUCUGGUUGUCCCUUUUUGCAACAUUCAGAUCCUUGUAUAUUUAUUUAUUUUCUUUGUGAACCUUUUCUUUUGUUUUAUGUAUGCUUCCAUGCUUCAGCUAACUAUGGCUUAAAUAGAGGUUAUGUUGUAGUAUUGAAUUCAUUCUUCCUGUUGUAAAGCAUGUUGUUGAGGAGUGUCCAGAGUUCAUGUUGGACUUUUUCUAUCAUCCUCCC